CUCCUCCUCCCCCGUGCCGUGUGACACUUCCGUUUCCGUUGCUAGGACGGGGAAGAAGGGGAGGCGGCGAUGGCGCUGGCGGGGAUGGCGGCUUCGUGUGGGCGCGCUUGGAGUCGAGCGGGAAGAGCCUCUCUGUUGUGGUCUACGGUUCGAAAAAGUUCACAGAGUGCUUCAGUACAGCAAGGAGUCCUUCCGAAAACAUCUUUAUCUUCACCCCCAUGGCCUGAAGUCAAACUGCCAGAUCCAGCAGAAGACCUAAUGCUCCACAGAGAGCUUGUGCAGAAAGUGAAUGAACAAAUUGCCGACAGACACUAUGGAAGGCUAUUUGCAGUCGUUCACUUUGCCAGCAGACAGUGGAAAGUAACCGGUGAAGACUUGAUUUUGAUUGAAGGUCACAUACCAGCUGAAUGUGGAGACAGAAUCCGGAUGGAGAAGGUGUUGCUGGUCGGUGCAGAUGACUUCACGCUGCUUGGGAGGCCACUUCUGGGAAAGGACCUUGUCCGUGUGGAGGCGACUGUCAUUGAAAAGACAGAAUCUUGGCCAAAAAUUAAUAUGAGGUUUCGUCGAAAAUGCCAUUUCCAGAGGAAGAGAAUUAUGAUUCAACCACAGACUAUCCUCAGGAUAAACACCAUUGAAGUUGCUCCCGUUCUGUCAUGAUGCAUUCUUGGGCUUGGUUUGUUUGUCAAUUUGCUUUAGGGCAAUUUGAAAGUGAGACGUGUUCCUGUUGCAUUCUGUCAUUGCCUCUACUAGAAAUCUAUUAGGAAAUAAAACUGUUAUUUCUCAUUUGGCGGUGAUGGUUUUGUGACUGUGCUCAUAAAACUGGUAAUCAGAGGAUUCCGUUCUCAAAAAAAAUAAAAAAAAUAAAAUCAGAGGAUUCCGUUCUCCUCUGAUAGACAUUUGGGAAGAAUAAUAUAGAACACGUGUAGACCAGAACUUGUAACCUCUCAUUCAAGUCAACCCCAGCCCAUCAGCUAUGUCUGGUAUCCCCAUGAGGAGCUCUUUAAACCUGCGUUCGUUGCCCGUCGAGGACUGCAAGGAUGGGAUGGAGUGGCAGUGGUGGUGUCCAGCAACAAUACAUGACUGGUGGACUGUGUUCAUCUUGGGGUUUCCCAAGUUAUACAGGUCUGACUUGAGCUUUGUUGUGUCCCUGUGCACUGAAGUAUGGCUCUUCUGUUUUUGGCAAUGGAAAGGGAAGACACUCAUUGUCCUUAUGGAGCCUUGUCUGUUUGAGGAGCAGUAAAGUCCACUGUGCAUGGAAUUCUCUGAAUCACAGCUGUAUAAUAAAAGCAUGAAACCAAGUGUUUGCCUUUUCCAAGAGGGCCACGUCAUGCUAAAAAUGCCACCCUGCACUAGGGAAGGUCUGUGGCUUAGUGACAGAACAUGCAGGAAAUCCCAUGUCCACUCUCUGGCCUCUCCGGUUAAGAGAAUCUCAGGCAGCCUUCUGUCUUACGAGACCCCAGAGAGCUACUGUCAGUCAGAGGAGACUGUACACAGCUAGAGACUCUGGUUAUGGUUUGAUGGCGCGUAAUGCAACAGCCUUGCUGUGGGUAGGCAGGAAUAGGUCUCACCAGCAAUGUUCCCUCUAAGCUGUAGGGUCCUGUGAGCAAAAAUUCUACUUUGUGAGCU